AACUUGUUAUGAUUUGGAAUUGGGAUCUCUUAUAAUAUCUUCUUUGAUACGAUAUUUCGAUUCUCCAAGAAGAAAACAAAACGAGGCGUUUGGAUUCCUUCGUUAGAGAGUUAGUAACAAGUAGAGAAAGGUGAGGAGAUAACGAAAUUAACAAACAUGAGUUUGAUUGGUCAUCUUUUCCCUCCACUGGAUCCCUCACUCAUCAGAUCUUCAAGAACCGCCAUUACCACACCCUCCCUUCACCAUCAAAUCCCUCCAAUUUCUUCACAAAAUCCCAAUACAAAGCCAAUUCUUUUAUCCAAUUUACUUUCUUUAGCACUCACUGUAACCUUGACUUCUCCAUUACCUUCGUCAGCCAUCCCUUCUAUCAACUCUCAGUCUCCUCUUCUCCCUACUACCACCCCAUUUUCUCAGUCCAAGAACUUGCAAGUAGGAUUAGAAGAUGGGAAAAUUAGGCCUUGUCCAUCAACAAAUCCAGGUUGUGUGUCAACAAACCCCAAAUCGUCGUCAUUUGCCUUUCCAUGGACGAUUCCCGAGAAUUCCAAAGGGAACGCAGUUCAGGAAUUGCAGGAAGCUAUCUUGAAAACACAGAAAAAUGCCAAAAUUCAAGUUGUUGAAGAUACCCCUUAUGGUCAAUAUUUGCAGGCUGAAGUUGAUGGAGGGUUUGGGCGGGAUGUGCUAGAGUUUUUGGUAAAAAGAGAUGUGUGUGCUUAUAGGUCAGUUGCCACAAAAGUAACCUAUGUAUAUCCCUUCACAACAGCUUUAGGGGACUCAAAGGGACAGGAAGAAAGAAUGCAGAAAAUUUCGGAUGAGUUGGGCUGGUAUGCUCCAAGUUUCAGUUCCAUGGAUUAGACUUCUCUCAUAUCUCAGGUACAAAGAGAUCAUGGGCUUAAGCCUUUUUCUGUAUAGGAUUAUAUUAAUCCAUGUUUAGCCAUCAGGUUUCAUAGUUGAUAUUACUAAAUUUUACUGUCUAAUACUCAGCAACCUGAUAUAGCCGAGAAAGGCAGGUUUUACAAUUAUGAAUUCUUCUUAAUUCAACUUUGUGAUAUAUCAUUGCUAAAACCAUUUCUGGAUUCUGCAAAGUCUAUUCAUGGA